AUGGCUAUUUCCUCCACCGCGGACCUGGCGCCUUCCAGGAAAGCUCGUGGCUCCGAAAGCAAUGACCGAGCCUUGAAGCUCUUUAUUGAAUUACUUUCGGUCGAAACGCAGCAGCAGCUCUUUCGGGGCGAGCCGUGCAUUCAACGAUUCGUCGAGAUAGGGCCCCGGACAAUUCUCUCGACAAUGGCGAAAAGGUCUGCCAGUAUCCAGAAAGAUCAGCGUUCUUCAGCGAGUUGUUACAGCCCCGAGUUCCUUUCUUACCAUGAUAAUCAGCCCGAGAUCUUGUACCAAUAUCAAAACGACCAAGCUAUUUAUCCGCUUUCUCAGCCCACACAGCCCCAAUUCGAACCCACUUCACCUUCUCAUCUCACGAAACGGUCGCCAUCUCCCUCUAAGGCUUUGCCUAUGAGCGCCAUUCCCAGUGCAGAACUCACUCUGCAGGCAGGGCAUGUCAUUCUCGCCAUGACGGCCCAAAAACUUCGUCGACGAUUUGAUCAAGUCCCAGUUGAGAAGACCAUCCGUGAUCUAUCCGGAGGAAAAUCCACCCUCCAAAACGAACUGACCGGCGACCUUGUGGCUGAAUUCGGUCGUGUUCCCGAAGGUGUCGAAGACCAACCUCUAUCAUCUUUGGCAGAGUCAUUUCAGCCCGAGUUCAGUGGUAUUCCCGGCAAGGCGAUGUCUACACUUAUCUCGAGGUUUAUAUCCGGCAAGAUGCCAGCAGGGUUUAACCAGAGUGCUAUUCAAGAGUACUUGAACAGCCGCUGGGGACUUACAAAAUCCCACGCCACUAUACCUCUUUGCUUUGCGCCGACCAUGGAGCCUGCGAGGCGUCUCGCAAAUGCCGAUGAAGCGCGAGCUUACCUUGACGACUUGGUAGAGAAGCAUGCCGCCUUUCAAGGGAUAUCUCUGGUGCCGUCGAAUCAGGUUGCUGACGGCCAUGAGUCUCUUGCUCCGGUCGUUAUGAACGUAGCCGAUGUGGAUGAGAUGAAUAAGCGCACCAAGCUCUACAGGGCGCAGUUUGACUCGUUGGCAAGCUAUCUCGGCGUCGAUUAUUUCGCUUCAGAGAAGGCAAUGUCAGAGUCGGAAUCCCGCAUUGCUGAACUAGAAGAGACGAUAAGGUUAUUGAAUACCGAGUUGGAUGAACAAUUCAUUAAAGGAAUCAAGCCUUCGUUCAAUAUUAAACAAGUCCGCAAAUACGACUCUUGGUGGAACUGGUCUCGCGAAGAGCUUAUACGGCUCUUGAAUGAGAUAUGCCAGGAUUCUUCGAGUGCUUGCCCCCCAGAUAUGGAAAAUCGCCUGCAGAAUCUGCUAAACAAAUGGGAUGCAAACUGUUCAGAAAUCGUUCGAGCUCACUUGAUUGGGCUACAAUCACGUUCUAGUGCCCCUAUGAAUAAGCUUCAACUGAUCUUGGAGGAAAUUUUUACCUUGGGCAACCAAACACUUUCCAUCGACCCCUUGUUCGUCCACAACCUCCCGCCUAUGGGACCUCAAACCAUAAUCACAGAUGCGGGUUGUCUUGAAUAUCAUGAGCUUCCACGGCAAAUCAGCCAUUAUCCCGAAGCUAUGGCAUAUGGACCUCCAUGGCCCCAAGGGCAUACUUCGGCUCCGUUUAUUCACAUCAAGACCCGAGAAGACGGACAAGACUGGAUGUAUGAUUCUAAAGCUACUAGUAUCUACCACGCUAUGUUGGAUGUCGGAGUUACGACCGGCCUUACCUUUACCCAUAAAGCAGUCUUGGUCACUGGGGCUGGGCCUAGCUCAAUUGCUGCGAGCGUGAUUCAAGGGCUGUUGAGCGGCGGUGCUCGCAUUAUCGUCACAACGAGUAGAUCUAUAUCGCAGAGCGCAGAUUUCUACCAGCAGAUGUACCGCCAAUAUGGCGCCAAGGGGUCUUCUUUAAGCCUCUUCCCCUUCAACCAAGCAAGCAAGCAAGACUGCGAACAGCUGGUGCAGCAUAUCUAUGGCCCUGAUUCCCCUACGGACGGUGACCUGGACUAUAUUUUACCGUUUGCCGCUAUUCCCCAAGUCGGAGAACCUGACGCUUUUGGAGGUCGGCAAGAGCUUGCACUAAGGGCCAUGCUUGUGAACAUUUUGCGUCUUAUCGGCUUCGUGCGUCAAGAAAAGGAACGGCUGCGUAUUGAGAACAGGCCAACAAUGAUUGUUCUGCCAAUGUCCUGUAACGAGGGUACCUUCGGUGGAGACGGGCUGUACUCCGAAGCCAAAAUCGGUUUAAAGGCUUUAUUUAACCGGUUUUACUCGGAGAACUGGUCGAAAUACUUAACGAUAUGCGGAGCAGUGAUUGGGUGGACAAGAGGCACAGCUAUAAUGCAAACAUCAAACGCUGUGGCUGAAGAGGUAGAGAAACUGGGAGUCAUCACUUUCACGCAGGCAGAAAUGGCCUUCAAUAUUCUUGCGUUGAUGACGCCUGCCUUGACUGCCCUUGCCGAAGAUACACCAAUAUAUGCCGACUUGACCGGAGGUCUAGGAUCGAUGUGGAAUAUCAAACAGGAAAUCUCAGCCGCUCGAAAAAGGAUAUCAGAGAGGCAGAUCCUACAAAUCGCAAUUGCGGAGGAGGAUGCGCGUGAGCAGGCUAUGAUAUGUUCAGCAAGCACCGAUGUCGAAUCAGGUUUACCCACAACUAGACACGCCAGGUUAGGCCUACAGUUUCCGCCACUUCCGGAUGUGAACGAAGGGUACCCUAAUAUUGAGGGAAUGAUCGAUCUUACCCGCAUCCCAGUUAUUGUAGGCUACUCCGAACUAGGUCCAUGGGGCAAUGCUCGCACGCGGUGGGAGAUUGAGCAUCGGGGAGAUUUCAGCCUGGAAGGCUAUAUUGAGAUGGCCUGGAUUAUGGGCCUCAUCAAGCACGUCGAUGGACACGCGAAAGGUCGGCCCUAUGUGGGCUGGGUGGAUGCAGACACAGAGACACCCAUUCAAGACUAUGAGGUGCCCCAUAAGUACCAUAAACACAUUAUGGCUCAUGCCGGUCUCCGUCUGAUAAAACCAACUAAACUAGACAGUUACGAUCCGUCUCGCAAGGAACUUCUCCACGAAGUAGCAGUGGAAGAAGACUUAGCUCCUUUCGAAACAUCGAAAUCAACCGCUGAAGCUUUCAAACUACGGCAUGGAGAUUGUGUCACAUUGCUACCUAUCGCAGAUUCUGAUAAUUGCCGAGUAUAUAUCAAGAAAGGUGCAGUUUUGAUGAUCCCUAAGGCGGUUCCAUUCGAUCAAGUCGUUGCGGGGAGAAUACCGGAAGGCUGGGAUCCUGCUCGCUAUGGAAUCCCUGAAGAAAUUGUACAGCAAGUGGACGUGACUACGCUGUAUGCGCUUUGCUGUGUCUCGGAAGCAUUCCUAUCUGCUGGAAUCAAGGACCCAUACGAAAUUUACCAAUACAUUCACGUCUCGGAAUUGGCCAACUGCCUGGGCUCCGGGGGUGGCCCGAUGAAAGUUAUCCAGAACAUGUACCGCGACCGUUUCUUAGACCGUCAAAUAAGAGGCGACAUCAUUCUAGAGCACUUUGUAAAUACAAUGGGCGCUUGGGUGAAUAUGCUUCUUCUCUCAGCUACCGGUCCGCUCAAGACGCCGGUAGGCGCAUGCGCUACAGCAAUCGAGUCCCUCGAUAUAGGGUGUGAGGCUAUACAAAACGGAAGAUGCAAGGUAGCAGUUGUUGGGGGCUGUGAUGACUACGGUGAGGAGCUAGCCUUCGAAUUCGCAAACAUCAAAGCAACGGCCAAUAGCACGGAGGAACUAUCCAAGGGACGAACCCCAGCUGAUAUUUCUCGUCCAACCGCCAGCUCCAGGAGUGGGUUUGCCGAGUCAGCAGGUUGUGGUGUACAGAUUCUGAUGAGUGCGGCACUUGCUAUAGAAAUGGGGUUGCCAAUUUACGGGGUCGUUGCAUAUACCCAUAUGGCGAGUGAUCAAAUUGGCCGAUCUAUUCCGGCUCCAGGAAAGGGCAUCCUGACGGCGGCUCGUGAGAACGGUCAAGCCAAGGAAUCACCUCUGCUUGAUCUGAACUUUAGGCGCGCUGUGUUCGAUGCAGAGGUUGCAUUGAUCAACAAAUCACACCCCAAACAGGCGACGACCUUAAAGCCCGACCAUUCAGAAACAAGCAAUGCUGCUAGCCUCCGAAUCCGUGACGCCCAGAAUCGGUGGGCAAACAAUAUCCGCCUUUCAGAUCCAUCAAUUUCCCCCAUCCGAGCUAGCUUGGCGACCUGGGGUCUUACCGUCGACGAUAUCAAGGUCGUAUCCAUGCACGGAACGUCGACCAAAGCCAACGAAGUCAAUGAAGGAAAUGUCAUCAACACGCAGAUGAGACAUCUUGGCCGCCAAAUGGGAAACCCGCUACUGGCUGUCUGCCAAAAAUCAUUGACAGGACAUCCAAAAGCCGGUGCUGGUGCCUGGCAACUUAAUGGGUGCCUCCAGAUGAUGCAAGAAAAUAUCGUCCCUGGGAAUCGAAACGCAGAUAACAUUGACAAGCAGCUACGAGAGUUCGAGCACAUAGUCUACCCCAUGGAAUCAUUAAGAGUGCCCGAAAUCAAAGCCACCCUACUCACAUCGUUCGGGUUCGGCCAGAAGGGCGCCAUCAAUAUCAUGGUCUCGCCGCGCUAUCUGUUUGCCUCGCUCUCCAAUUCUGAUUAUGAAGACUACCGUUCCCGUACCACGAAACGACAACGCUCAGCAACUCCCACAUUCGUCUCCAGGAUUAUGAAGAAUAAUCUAGUGCAGGUGAAAACCCGGCCGCCAUGGAAUGACCCUGAAGCGAUGCAGAACUUUUUCCUUGAUCCCAACAGUCGUGUCGUUGACGGCCAAAUAACGCGUGCACCUAGGACGGCUUACAAACACCAAGAUAUCUCUGUCCCACAAUCUGCAGCAGUAUCGGUGAAUGAAGCGCUUCAUGCCAUGCUGGCAACAACUGACCAUUCGUCACCAGCAGCCUCAGCCUCAGUUGGCGUGGACGUGGAAGAAAUCUCCAGUAUCAACGUCGACAAUCCCAUAUUCAUCAGCCGCAACUUCACUCUGCUAGAGCGUGACUACUGUCUCAGCGCACCGGAUCCCCGCGCCUCUUUUGCUGGGCGCUGGGUUGCCAAAGAGGCAGCGUUCAAGAGCCUGCAAACGACCUCCACUGGAGCGGGGACUGCGAUGGACCAGAUUGAGAUUCUCGAAGUGGGUGGCAUACCUAAAGUUGUUAGGCUGACGAGUCAGCUCCAUGGUCAUGCCCACGAAGUUGCCUUCGCGCAGGGAAUCACUAACAUUCAAAUCACGAUUAGCCACUGUAACAACACGGCGAUUGCGGUGGCCCUGGCGCUCAGGAAGAAUGAUUGA